UCAGGCCGCCGUCCCUCCUCCCCUCCCUGCCCCCAACAUGGCGGCUGCUGUCGGUUCCCCGCUCCGGCUGCGGCUGCAGUUCGAUUUCCCGCCGCCGGGCAGCCCUGGCUGCGCGCUGUGCUGGCUGCUGCUGGAGCCGGGUCAGGCGCGGCUGGUCACCGACCUGCUCAGCAUCAUCCGGCACCGAUUCGGCUUCAGCCGCCGGGCCCGGCUCAGCCUGUUCUUGGACGGGGCGCUGCUGCCGCCCACUGAGAGCGCCCGGCUCGUGCGGGACAACGAUGCGCUGCGGGUGACGCUGGAGGAGAUCACGGAGGAGCGGUGCGAAGAGACGGAUGGAGAGUGCCGGGCACAGAAAGGUGAUAAAACAAGGCACAAACGGCGGCAGAAGGAGCGAGAGGAGGAAAAACAUCAGAGGGAAAAGAGGAAGGAGAAACGUGAACCAGAGUGUUCGUCCGGCAGAGAGGACAGCGCCGGGGAUGGAUCCGACACCAGGAAGAAAUCCAAGAAGAGAAAGAGAAGGGAAGAGAACAGCGGGAUGGUUCCAGAGGGGAAGAAGGGCAGAGCCCCGAGGCUGCAGAAGGCACCGGCAGCCAAAGCAAAAGAUGGGCAGCAGGCAGUGCUACCUGUGUCAAAGGCGGCCCAUAAACGGGUGGGCAGCGCUGCUCUGACCCCCAGUAAUCGGACACUGGAGGCCCAGAAGCAGAGGGUGGGAACGUCGGAGUCCUCCAGCACAUCGUCCGACAGUGACAGCGCUGAAUCAAACGUAAAGCAAAGUAAAUCCUCACACAGACCUGCAGCAAUGGUGCUUCCCAGAGACAAAGCACAACCUGCAGUGACUGCUGCUGCUUGUAAGCAAAUGUCGAAUGCUAAACGUGGCAGUAAGGAUGCAGGUAGUAAAAACGCUAAGAAACCGCAGUCCUCCAGUUCAGAUUCGGACUCAAGUUCCGAGGAUGAAGGAGCAGCACCAGCACAAGGCAGAACUGCAGAGCAGGCGCUGCCCAACAGCACAGCAGUGGCACAGACUGGGGCCAUUGGGGCUCCCAAAGCCGGGAGCUCUGAGUCUGAGUCCGACAGUUCCGAUUCAGAAACACUCGUCAUUAAAAAACCUGCAGCCAAUGCUGGACUGAGUAAUUCCAUAGCAAGAAACGGCUCCAAACAGUCACCAGCAGGAGUCCAAGGGCUGGCUGCUGGGCUGGGGCGUGGGAGGGGGCGUGCAGCGGGAGCGGGGAACUUCUGGAGAGGACCGAGGGGCCGCGGGUUCCGGGGGAUGGCGAGGGGCUGGGGCAGAGGAGAAAGCACGGGCUUCUUCUAUAGCUACAGCAGUGAAGGCCAGAAACAGAGGCAGCUGGAUGAAGCUGUGACAAACACCCCUGUUCCUGUCCAGAAUGCUGUGGAUGUCCCCAAGAGAGACUACAGCGUUCUACCACUUCUAGCUGCCCCACCACAAGUGGGACAAAGAAUUGCCUUUAAGCGCUUGGAACUAAAUGAAAACUACAGCCCUGAAGUUUCAUCCUAUAAGGAGGGGAGAAUAAUCAGUUGGAAUGCUGAUAAAAAACAGAUUGAGCUUGAGAUCCUUUCCUCAUCAGCAAGCCAAAUUGCUAAAGAACCAGGGAAGUUUGAUCUGGUUUAUCAGUCUGCAGAUGGGGCCGAGCUGAUAGAAUACGCUGUGCCUCAGGACACAAAGAUAACUGAGAGUUGGGAUUCGCUGAUUGAGCCCAGAUUGAUCGUUGAGCCUCCAAUGAAUGGAUCAGGCACUGAAAACGGAGCAGUCUGAGAUGUGAACACGAGUAAAUCCUUGUGUGGACUUGUUUCAUGAGAUGCUGCCGUCCAGUUCUGAGGGCAGCAAAUGCGCUGCUGGUUAUUUUCCAUAAAUGGUUUUAAAAUAAACACUGUUUUCUUAAGAGAU